GGUCCCCCCCCCCAUGUUUUGCUUGUUUCUGGCUAGAGCUUCCUGGCUGUUAAUAAGCGAUUUCUGGAGAGAGGCAGGUAUAUAGGGGAUGCGAGGAACAGACUCUCUGUUCGUGCGUUCCUUUGCCACGUGUCUGUUCCCCACAUACGGCCAUUUGCCCCUACCCAGCCACCCCCAGCUCCUGCCCCCCAAGCUGGCUUCUUUGCUAGUUCUAAGGCAGGGAGGAUGGGAACGGAAAAUAAUUGAUGGUUGCUUAGCAACCACCAGGCAUGGCCUACAACUUGCAAGGGACUGAGAAGCAUAUCUGGAGAUGGGCAGGCAACACUUGCUCCCUCUCUAAAAAGGCACCCCCCCCAAAGAUACACACAUGCCGGCGAGAGAAACUGGUAAAGCAGACUUUCCCAAACUUGGGAUGGUCGAGGGAACAGGCAGAGCAGGAUGCAGGAGAACCGUGACAGGGCUUCCUGAGGUGGGCAGUUCAGACAAGCACACAUGCCCUCUUGGGACUUCAAGCGCAGUGUACAAACAAUGGAUUCCAGACACCAAUUUUGAAAAUGCCUCCAAUUGGGAUAAGGGCCGAAUCCCGUGCGGCAACGAUGUCGUCCUUUUUCGGAGCAGUGAGGUUGUGUCAGUCUACGUCCAGUCAUCCCACUCCUUCACAGAGAUGUACAUCCCACUGGAUGGAGAAUUCAUCCUGGCCCCCGGUGCUGGGUUUGCAGCCUUCGACGGCACUUUUGAUCCAGGAUGUGAGACAGCUUCAGAAGUCACCUUUGCUGGUGCAGACAAAUUCCAUUGGUAUGACCCCACCCUGUGGCGCGCUGCAACCUCAUUGGACAACCUCCAUCAAGGCAAACACAUCUUCUCCGUGGAUGAAGAAAGAGUCCCGUGUCAGUACGAUGACGUUAUCUUCCCGCCCGAGACGUCCUUCCGUGUGAACAUCGAGUCGUCUGAGCAGGCCAUACGGCUCAGGAGCAUUUCAGUAAUGGGGCAGAAGUUCACCAGUGACAACACCCUGGCAGAGUAUAUGCAAAGUUCCUCUGCAAAGCUACAGUUCCAUGGACAAGGGGCAUUCCAGCUGUCGAACACCAGGUGCCCAGACAAAUCGGGCUGCGAAUGUGGAAAUGCUGCGGACCACGACAGAAUCUGCGCUGCCUUGCUCCAGAAGUCUGGGAAUCAAUGUCCACAGGUGAUGUGCAAGGACCCCCUGAAGCCCGUUGGCCAUUGCUGUGAAAUGUGCGGAGCCAUCAUUUCCUUGGAAUAUUCUGCUGGUUUUGAGAUCGAGGUGUAUCAGAACAGAAUACUCCACACAUUUCUCAGUUUGCCCAAGAACACAGGAGUUCAGGCGGCUGUGUCAAAGGUGCGUGAGCGGCAGACUUUCCUGAGAACGAUACCGCGUAGCUCAGCCUCGUUCAUCCAGAUUGUUCUGGUCGACAACAGGACCGGAUCUGAGACUGGGACUCAAGCCGAGCAACUGGCCCAGGACAUCGUGAAGGAUAUAACAGAGCAUGGAGUGCUGUUUGGCAUUGCGGUGAGGACCCUGCAUGCAGCCACUGGCAGUAACCGGAGUACUCAAAAGGCUGGUGCUACAAUUGCUGGGACAGUCGUUGUUCUGUUCCUUGUCUUGCUGCUCUUGGGAGCUGUCCUGCUACUCUACAGAAAAGGGACUUUAAGGUAACAGGGCUAGGCUA